ACACUCAUUUUCUCAUUUUCAAAAGAAACGAAAAAGAUUUUAAACUUGUAACAAAGUCUAUUCACCCCCCCUCUAGACUUUGUAUUUCACCACUUUGGGACCACCAAUUGGUAUCAGAGCAGUCUUCUCACUAUCUACAUUUAGAUUAACGAGAAGCGAUUAAAAUGGUGAACAAUAUGGAUCACGGUUUGCCCAAGUUUUCUCUUCUAGGUUAUGAUGAUUGGAAGAUCAUGAUGGAAGCACACCUUUACGCUCUACAUGAUUGCAUGUGGAUGGUGCUUGAGGAUGGACCCUUGAAAAUUCAAAUGGAGAAUCCUGAGAGAAAUCCAGCAACUCCAGACGUAGUCCAGUACAUUCCAAAGCCCAAGGAAAAAUGGGAUGAUAGAGAUUGCAAAAAGCACAAUCUGGAUAACGUCGCCAAAGCAGCCAUCUUCAAGACACUUGACCCCAUCACCUUCUCCAAAAUUAAGCACCUCAAGACUGCCAUGGAGAUAUGCUUCAAAAUGCUUCCUGGAGAAUCAUUUGAUAUGCUGGAUGAAAGAUUCCACAAAAUCUUGAAUGAUCUUGCAUCACUUAACCACGUUCUUUCUCCCAAAGAAAAGAAUGUAAGGUUGCUGAGAUCUCUUCCAACUGAGUGGUACACCAAAGCCACAGCCAUGGAAGAAGGAAGAAAUCUGGAGAACUACAUUGUUCAAGGUCUUCUUGAUGAGCUCAGAACCUAUGAGCACGAGCUGAAGAAGAAGAAGGAAGAACAAGUCACUCCCUUCCCCACGGCACUGAUGACAACUCCAAGAGUCCCAUCAAGUGAAGGGACAUGUCCAAGGAACUGUGACACACCCUCCUCCAGCCAGCCGUCAAGUUCAAAAAUGGAGAACUACGAUGAGGAAUUUGCCAUGAUGGUCAAGCAAUUCCGGAAGUUCAAAAAGUUCUUCAAAAAAGCUGACUCAGUCAGAAGGCCAUCCAAGGGAAAGCCACAG